AUGACGACGACGACGACGACGACGACGACGACGACGACGACGACGACGACUAGAGUACCGGAUGUUCUCCGGGGUCCAGUCAUUACAGAUUUGUCCACAUCAGUGGAUGUGACUUCUGCAGCAGUUAAAAAUUUCUGGUGGUGGUGGUGGUGGUGGUGGUGGUGGUGGCAAGGAGAAGAAGGCAAGGAGAAGAAGGCAAGGAGAAGAAGGCAAGGAGAAGAAGGCAAGGAGAAGAAGGCAAGGAGAAGAAGGCAAGGAGAAGAAGGCAAGGAGAAGAAGGCAAGGAGAAGAAGGCAAGGAGAAGAAGGCAAGGAGAAGAAGGCAAGGAGAAGAAGGCAAGGAGAAGAAGGCAAGGAGAAGAAGGCAAGGAGAAGAAGGCAAGGAGAAGAAGGCAAGGAGAAGAAGGCAAGGAGAAGAAGGCAAGGAGAAGAAGGCAAGGAGAAGAAGGCAAGGAGAAGAAGGCAAGGAGAAGAAGGCAAGGAGAAGAAGGCAAGGAUGGUUGGUUGUUUGAGAGUUGUGGAAGGCAAGGAGGAGGAGAGGGAAGGCAAGGAGGAGGAGAGGGAAGGCAAGGAGGAGGAGAGGGAAGGCAAGGAGGAGGAGAGGGAAGGCAAGGAGGAGGAGAGGGAAGGCAAGGAGGAGGAGAGGGAAGGCAAGGAGGAGGAGAGGGAAGGCAAGGAGGAGGAGAGGGAAGGCAAGGAGGAGGAGAGGGAAGGCAAGGAGGAGGAGAGGGAAGGCAAGGAGGAGGAGAGGGAAGGCAAGGAGGAGGAGAGGGAAGGCAAGGAGGAGGAGAGGGAAGGCAAGGAGGAGGAGAGGGAAGGCAAGGAGGAGGAGAGGGAAGGCAAGGAGGAGGAGAGGGAAGGCAAGGAGGAGGAGAGGGAAGGCAAGGAGGAGGAGAGGGAAGGCAAGGAGGAGGAGAGGGAAGGCAAGGAGGAGGAGAGGGAAGGCAAGGAGGAGGAGAGGGAAGGCAAGGAGGAGGAGAGGGAAGGCAAGGAGAAGAAAGAAGGCAAGGAGAAGAAAGAAGGCAAGGAGAAGAAAGAAGGCAAGGAGAAGAAAGAAGGCAAGGAGAAGAAAGAAGGCAAGGAGAAGAAAGAAGGCAAGGAGAAGAAAGAAGGCAAGGAGAAGAAAGAAGGCAAGGAGAAGAAAGAAGGCAAGGAGAAGAAAGAAGGCAAGGAGAAGAAAGAAGGCAAGGAGAAGAAAGAAGGCAAGGAGAAGAAAGAAGGCAAGGAGAAGAAAGAAGGCAAGGAGAAGAAAGAAGGCAAGGAGAAGAAAGAAGGCAAGGAGAAGAAAGAAGGCAAGGAGAAGAAAGAAGGCAAGGAGAAGAAAGAAGGCAAGGAGAAGAAAGAAGGCAAGGAGAAGAAAGAAGGCAAGGAGAAGAAAGAAGGCAAGGAGAAGAAAGAAGGCAAGGAGAAGAAAGAAGGCAAGGAGAAGAAAGAAGGCAAGGAGAAGAAAGAAGGCAAGGAGAAGAAAGAAGGCAAGGAGAAGAAAGAAGGCAAGGAGAAGAAAGAAGGCAAGGAGAAGAAAGAAGGCAAGGAGAAGAAAGAAGGCAAGGAGAAGAAAGAAGGCAAGGAGAAGAAAGAAGGCAAGGAGAAGAAAGAAGGCAAGGAGAAGAAAGAAGGCAAGGAGAAGAAAGAAGGCAAGGAGAAGAAAGAAGGCAAGGAGAAGAAAGAAGGCAAGGAGAAGAAAGAAGGCAAGGAGAAGAAAGAAGGCAAGGAGAAGAAAGAAGGCAAGGAGAAGAAAGAAGGCAAGGAGAAGAAAGAAGGCAAGGAGAAGAAAGAAGGCAAGGAGAAGAAAGAAGGCAAGGAGAAGAAAGAAGGCAAGGAGAAGAAAGAAGGCAAGGAGAAGAAAGAAGGCAAGGAGAAGAAGAAGGCAAGGCGAAGAAGGCAAGGCGAAGAAGGCAAGGCGAAGAAGGCAAGGCGAAGAAGGCAAGGAGAAGAAGGCAAGGAGAAGAAGGCAAGGAGAAGAAGGCAAGGAGAAGAAGGCAAGGAGAAGAAGGCAAGGAGAAGAAGGCAAGGAGAAGAAGGCAAGGAGAAGAAGGCAAGGAGAAGAAGGCAAGGAGAAGAAGGCAAGGAGAAGAAGGCAAGGAGAAGAAGGCAAGGAGAAGAAGGCAAGGAGAAGAAGGCAAGGAGAAGAAGGCAAGGAGAAGAAGGCAAGGAGAAGAAGGCAAGGAGAAGAAGGCAAGGAGAAGAAGGCAAGGAGAAGAAGGCAAGGAGAAGAAGGCAAGGAGAAGAAGGCAAGGAGAAGAAGGCAAGGAGAAGAAGGCAAGGAGAAGAAGGCAAGGAGAAGAAGGCAAGGAGAAGAAGGCAAGGAGAAGAAGGCAAGGAGAAGAAGGCAAGGAGAAGAAGGCAAGGAGAAGAAGGCAAGGAGAAGAAGGCAAGGAGAAGAAGGCAAGGAGAAGAAGGCAAGGAGAAGAAGGCAAGGAGAAGAAGGCAAGGAGAAGAAGGCAAGGAGAAGAAGGCAAGGAGAAGAAGGCAAGGAGAAGAAGGCAAGGAGAAGAAGGCAAGGAGAAGAAGGCAAGGAGAAGAAGGCAAGGAGAAGAAGGCAAGGAGAAGAAGGCAAGGAGAAGAAGGCAAGGAGAAGAAGGCAAGGAGAAGAAGGCAAGGAGAAGAAGGCAAGGAGAAGAAGGCAAGGAGAAGAAGGCAAGGAGAAGAAGGCAAGGAGAAGAAGGCAAGGAGAAGAAGGCAAGGAGAAGAAGGCAAGGAGAAGAAGGCAAGGAGAAGAAGGCAAGGAGAAGAAGGCAAGGAGAAGAAGGCAAGGAGAAGAAGGCAAGGAGAAGAAGGCAAGGAGAAGAAGGCAAGGAGAAGAAGGCAAGGAGAAGAAGGCAAGGAGAAGAAGGCAAGGAGAAGAAGGCAAGGAGAAGAAGGCAAGGAGAAGAAGGCAAGGAGAAGAAGGCAAGGAGAAGAAGGCAAGGAGAAGAAGGCAAGGAGAAGAAGGCAAGGAGAAGAAGGCAAGGAGAAGAAGGCAAGGAGAAGAAGGCAAGGAGAAGAAGGCAAGGAGAAGAAGGCAAGGAGAAGAAGGCAAGGAGAAGAAGGCAAGGAGAAGAAGGCAAGGAGAAGAAGGCAAGGAGAAGAAGGCAAGGAGAAGAAGGCAAGGAGAAGAAGGCAAGGAGAAGAAGGCAAGGAGAAGAAGGCAAGGAGAAGAAGGCAAGGAGAAGAAGGCAAGGAGAAGAAGGCAAGGAGAAGAAGGCAAGGAGAAGAAGGCAAGGAGAAGAAGGCAAGGAGAAGAAGGCAAGGAGAAGAAGGCAAGGAGAAGAAGGCAAGGAGAAGAAGGCAAGGAGAAGAAGGCAAGGAGAAGAAGGCAAGGAGAAGAAGGCAAGGAGAAGAAGGCAAGGAGAAGAAGGCAAGGAGAAGAAGGCAAGGAGAAGAAGGCAAGGAGAAGAAGGCAAGGAGAAGAAGGCAAGGAGAAGAAGGCAAGGAGAAGAAGGCAAGGAGAAGAAGGCAAGGAGAAGAAGGCAAGGAGAAGAAGGCAAGGAGAAGAAGGCAAGGAGAAGAAGGCAAGGAGAAGAAGGCAAGGAGAAGAAGGCAAGGAGAAGAAGGCAAGGAGAAGAAGGCAAGGAGAAGAAGGCAAGGAGAAGAAGGCAAGGAGAAGAAGGCAAGGAGAAGAAGGCAAGGAGAAGAAGGCAAGGAGAAGAAGGCAAGGAGAAGAAGGCAAGGAGAAGAAGGCAAGGAGAAGAAGGCAAGGAGAAGAAGGCAAGGAGAAGAAGGCAAGGAGAAGAAGGCAAGGAGAAGAAGGCAAGGAGAAGAAGGCAAGGAGAAGAAGGCAAGGAGAAGAAGGCAAGGAGAAGAAGGCAAGGAGAAGAAGGCAAGGAGAAGAAGGCAAGGAGAAGAAGGCAAGGAGAAGAAGGCAAGGAGAAGAAGGCAAGGAGAAGAAGGCAAGGAGAAGAAGGCAAGGAGAAGAAGGCAAGGAGAAGAAGGCAAGGAGAAGAAGGCAAGGAGAAGAAGGCAAGGAGAAGAAGGCAAGGAGAAGAAGGCAAGGAGAAGAAGGCAAGGAGAAGAAGGCAAGGAGAAGAAGGCAAGGAGAAGAAGGCAAGGAGAAGAAGGCAAGGAGAAGAAGGCAAGGAGAAGAAGGCAAGGAGAAGAAGGCAAGGAGAAGAAGGCAAGGAGAAGAAGGCAAGGAGAAGAAGGCAAGGAGAAGAAGGCAAGGAGAAGAAGGCAAGGAGAAGAAGGCAAGGAGAAGAAGGCAAGGAGAAGAAGGCAAGGAGAAGAAGGCAAGGAGAAGAAGGCAAGGAGAAGAAGGCAAGGAGAAGAAGGCAAGGAGAAGAAGGCAAGGAGAAGAAGGCAAGGAGAAGAAGGCAAGGAGAAGAAGGCAAGGAGAAGAAGGCAAGGAGAAGAAGGCAAGGAGAAGAAGGCAAGGAGAAGAAGGCAAGGAGAAGAAGGCAAGGAGAAGAAGGCAAGGAGAAGAAGGCAAGGAGAAGAAGGCAAGGAGAAGAAGGCAAGGAGAAGAAGGCAAGGAGAAGAAGGCAAGGAGAAGAAGGCAAGGAGAAGAAGGCAAGGAGAAGAAGGCAAGGAGAAGAAGGCAAGGAGAAGAAGGCAAGGAGAAGAAGGCAAGGAGAAGAAGGCAAGGAGAAGAAGGCAAGGAGAAGAAGGCAAGGAGAAGAAGGCAAGGAGAAGAAGGCAAGGAGAAGAAGGCAAGGAGAAGAAGGCAAGGAGAAGAAGGCAAGGAGAAGAAGGCAAGGAGAAGAAGGCAAGGAGAAGAAGGCAAGGAGAAGAAGGCAAGGAGAAGAAGGCAAGGAGAAGAAGGCAAGGAGAAGAAGGCAAGGAGAAGAAGGCAAGGAGAAGAAGGCAAGGAGAAGAAGGCAAGGAGAAGAAGGCAAGGAGAAGAAGGCAAGGAGAAGAAGGCAAGGAGAAGAAGGCAAGGAGAAGAAGGCAAGGAGAAGAAGGCAAGGAGAAGAAGGCAAGGAGAAGAAGGCAAGGAGAAGAAGGCAAGGAGAAGAAGGCAAGGAGAAGAAGGCAAGGAGAAGAAGGCAAGGAGAAGAAGGCAAGGAGAAGAAGGCAAGGAGAAGAAGGCAAGGAGAAGAAGGCAAGGAGAAGAAGGCAAGGAGAAGAAGGCAAGGAGAAGAAGGCAAGGAGAAGAAGGCAAGGAGAAGAAGGCAAGGAGAAGAAGGCAAGGAGAAGAAGGCAAGGAGAAGAAGGCAAGGAGAAGAAGGCAAGGAGAAGAAGGCAAGGAGAAGAAGGCAAGGAGAAGAAGGCAAGGAGAAGAAGGCAAGGAGAAGAAGGCAAGGAGAAGAAGGCAAGGAGAAGAAGGCAAGGAGAAGAAGGCAAGGAGAAGAAGGCAAGGAGAAGAAGGCAAGGAGAAGAAGGCAAGGAGAAGAAGGCAAGGAGAAGAAGGCAAGGAGAAGAAGGCAAGGAGAAGAAGGCAAGGAGAAGAAGGCAAGGAGAAGAAGGCAAGGAGAAGAAGGCAAGGAGAAGAAGGCAAGGAGAAGAAGGCAAGGAGAAGAAGGCAAGGAGAAGAAGGCAAGGAGAAGAAGGCAAGGAGAAGAAGGCAAGGAGAAGAAGGCAAGGAGAAGAAGGCAAGGAGAAGAAGGCAAGGAGAAGAAGGCAAGGAGAAGAAGGCAAGGAGAAGAAGGCAAGGAGAAGAAGGCAAGGAGAAGAAGGCAAGGAGAAGAAGGCAAGGAGAAGAAGGCAAGGAGAAGAAGGCAAGGAGAAGAAGGCAAGGAGAAGAAGGCAAGGAGAAGAAGGCAAGGAGAAGAAGGCAAGGAGAAGAAGGCAAGGAGAAGAAGGCAAGGAGAAGAAGGCAAGGAGAAGAAGGCAAGGAGAAGAAGGCAAGGAGAAGAAGGCAAGGAGAAGAAGGCAAGGAGAAGAAGGCAAGGAGAAGAAGGCAAGGAGAAGAAGGCAAGGAGAAGAAGGCAAGGAGAAGAAGGCAAGGAGAAGAAGGCAAGGAGAAGAAGGCAAGGAGAAGAAGGCAAGGAGAAGAAGGCAAGGAGAAGAAGGCAAGGAGAAGAAGGCAAGGAGAAGAAGGCAAGGAGAAGAAGGCAAGGAGAAGAAGGCAAGGAGAAGAAGCUCACUGGACAGCAGUGACUUCCUCGUGGUGCUUGCUGAUGGGUAA